GAGCGUGCUGUAUCACUCUAUGGAGUGGCAGUACCUCACGUACCGCGUGGCGAUGCGCGCUGCGUCGGACAAGGAGGCGCGGGAGAUGUGGGGAGAUGCGAUUUCGUCCUCCUCGGUCGACUACCUGAUGUACUCUGGCUACGUCACCCUCGCCGCCCACUGGCUCGAGAUGGAGGCGGCCGCGUCGCGCGGAGGCCCGGAGGAGCCCGACUUCUACAAGGCCAAGCGGCAGACGUCCGAGUUUGUGUUCGAGCGGCUGCUGCCGCGCACGCGCGCACACAAGGCGGGCAUCCUCGCCUCGGUGCAGUCGGCGCUCGACGUCUCCCCCGACGCCUUCUCCUUCGACCACGCCCGCUGA